CCGUCGUAUCCCAUUCACGCAGAACGGUUUGAGCUGCUGCUAACCAUCGUGUUAAAUGUUCCGAGCCGCUGCAUACCCUAUACCCCACACUCCUUCACUGCACUACUUUGGUUCUCCCCCUCGAAACCUACGGCUCCAACAAUAGCAAAGAAACCUUCGCAAUGUCCAACAACAAGAACCUCGAGGUGUCUCUCCUCACUCCGGACCAAGCAGAGCAGUAUAUGCUAAUCCGCCACACCGCCUUCCGCCACGACAUCAACAAAAUCCUCUACGCCAACGCACCCCAAUACAACCCCUCCCCAUCAACCCUCUCAGCAGUAACAAGCAGCAUCCAAGACGGCAUCCUCAACAAAGGCAUCAUCUUCACAAAAUGCGUCGAAACACCUCCUCCCACAACCGCCACAAUCUCCUCCUCCUCCUCCUCUGAAACAUCACCACCUACAAUCAUCGCAGGCGCCCGCUGGACCCACUACAAACCCUCCCCCCCCUCCCAACCCUGUACUUCCCCCUCUCCUCUUCCCCAAACAAAUCUACGCACCCCCGCCGACCUAGACAAAGACUACACAAUCCCAGAUCCCUACCCAGAAUCCAACACGGCCAUGUGGAACGAGUUCUUCGACCUCUUCCACUCCGUCAAACGCGACGUCAUGGGUCUAAGGCCGUUCUUCAAGCUCGACACCCUGGUCACGCAUCCGGACCAUCACCGCAAAGGCGCCGGCAAGGCGCUGCUCGAGGAAGGCCUGAGGAGGGUCGACGAGGAAGGCCUCGAGUGCUAUCUCGAGAGCAGUGUCAUGGGGAGACCGCUGUAUGAACGGUUUGGGUUCGUUGCUGUGAGGGAGAUUUCGUUGGAUUUGACGAGGUGGGGGGGCGACGAGGAGAUUUGUUGGACGAUCAUGAGGAGACCAGCUAAAAAGUGUACCGAGUAGCGUAGACUCUUCUUUUUUUUUUUUUCCCCCCCCUUCUCCCCGCGCUCUCAUUCUUGCUUCAUUCGUUUCCCUUUUUACAAAUGCUAGACUUCGGAUCGUUUUUCAACCGUACGC